AUGGAGAAGUCAAAGCAAGAAGCUUCUGCAGAGACUAACCCAGUAUUCAAGAUCGAUGAAGAUGUUGCUCAGGGGUCCGUCGCAGAUAUUACCUCUGGGUCUCAACAUCUGCAUCGGAGUCUUCGUGGUAGAGAAGUUCAGCUAUUUGCCAUCGGCGGAGCGAUCGGUACCUCUCUCUACGUUCAAAUGGGCUCGGCGCUCCCAAAGGGCGGCCCUGCCGGGCUCUUUAUCGCCUUCGUCAUCUGGGCAUGGGUGAUGUGGGCUGUCAAUGAGUGCUACGGCGAGAUGGUGUGCUACCUGCCAGUACCCUCACCUUUCAUCCGCUUCGGUAGCGAAUGGGUAGAUGGCGCCGUCGGCUUCGCCAUGGCAUGGAACUUCUUCCUGAAUAUGGCAAUCUUGGUGCCCUUUGAGAUCGUCGCCGUGAACAUCAUGAUUACUUUCUGGACGGACCGCGUUCCUGUGGAGGCUAUCAUUGUGGCGAUGAUUGUUCUCUAUGCCUUCCUGAACACCAUCACAGUGCGUUACUUUGGCAUCUCCGAGUUCUACAUGUCCAUCUUCAAGGUGUUCCUGAUGAUCGGGCUGUUCUUCUUUACCUUCAUCACUAUGGUGGGCGGAAAUCCUCUUCACGAUGCGUAUGGCUUCCGGUACUGGAACAAUCCAAGCCCCUUCGUUGAGCACCUGGAGCUUGGUGCGACCGGAAGAUUUCUCGGCAUCCUCUCAUGCUUAUAUCAAGCAAGUUUCUCUAUCACUGGACCAGAGUAUAUAUCGAUGGUAGCAGCAGAAACCGAAAACCCCCGCAAGAUACUACCUCCAGCCUUCAGAUCAUUCGUUUGGCGCCUUCUUGUGUUCUUUGUCGGUUCGGCGUUAUGUAUGGGAAUCGUAAUACCUUCCAACGAUCCCACUCUCUUGGCGAUACUCGGUGGCGAUAUAGCGGGUAGUGGCACAGGCGCUGCAUCUCCUUACAUCAUCGCAAUGCAAAGACUCAAAAUAUCCGGGUUGCCUCAUCUCGUCAACGCCCUGGUCAUCACGUCUAUCUUGAGUGCCGGUAACGGUCUUCUGUACUCGGCAACCCGUACACUGCACGGCAUGUCGCUUGAGGGUCACGCCCCGAAGUUCUUCUCAUAUUGCACCAAGAAGGGCGUUCCAUUAUGGGCUCUCUGCUUCUCGUUGUGUUUCUGCCUUUUGGCUUUCUUGCAGGUAAAGAGUUCUUCGGGGGUAGUCUUGAGCUACCUUGUGGAUCUCGUCACCUGCUGUCAAAUGCUCAACUAUGGAUUCACGGCAUUGACAUACCGGCACUUCUACGCAGCACUGAAUAAGCAAGGAAUAUCCAGAGAUACGCUUCCCUACAAAGGAAAGUUCCAGCCAUAUACAUCCUAUCUGGCUAUGGGAGGCACUCUCUUCAUGCUUCUAGCAGGAGGCUACGAUGUGUUCCUCAAGGGUGGAUGGAGCAUAAAGUGGUUCAUGCUUGAUUAUGCGAUGAUUGGCUUCUUCAUCGCAACGUUCAUCUUCUGGAAAGUUGUGUUUAAGACCACGUAUGUCAGACCUGGAACUGCUGAUUUGAGUCUGGGCGGAUUGAAGGAAGAGAUUGACAACUACGAGGCGAUGUUCAUUCCACGAAAAACUGGCAGGAUUGAAAAGGCACUCUUCGAGUAG